UCGUGUUUAUUUGGAUAAAAAUACCAUCAUUUGAAUUCUUAUAAGUUUCAAACUUAACUGUUAUUAUAGUCAUUAUAUAACUUUAAUUGUUGCUUUGGCAGCACACUCAUAAAGAUUAUCACACAGCCUAACAUUGGUGGAAUUCGCAGAUAUGGAAUCAGUGUUGAUAUUUACUGAAUAUCCAUUUUAUUCCUGCUGUUACAGACAUUAGAUAAAAGAUAUUUUUUAAGAAUAUCUUUUAAUUUUUCAAUAAUGGUGACCAGUUCCUUCAAGACCCAGCGAAUCAACUUCCAAGUUGUCACAGAAUAAGUUAACAGAAAUCCUUGAUAAUGAUUAGAGCGAGAUUAUACUACUUAUGUUGCAUGUCUCUAAAGCCUCGACAUAAAAAGUUGAUAACGAAAAUCUUUCCAGCCAAUCCUGAUGAUGGUCUUAUUAAAUGCAGAAUGGAUAAGUUACUACUUUAUGCUUCCUCUAAGCCUGAUAAGUUUCUUGACAUUGCCGAGAAUUUUGCCCAACGAAUUCAAAGAGAUAUAUACCGUCAUUACCGAAUUGGUUAUAUUUUCCUCACUAUGGAAGCUAUGUACGAGUUACUUCUGGCGUCUAGUGUGCAUGGACUCCAUUUAUUAACACCGAAUUAUCUAAAUGUGAUUAAGAAAUUACUUGACAACAACUGUAUCGAUCUGCAAGUGCUUGCAACGGAUUAUUUUAUAAAGUUUACUUUCAUAGACGAAGACACACAUGCCUAUUACGACUGGUACGACGUCUUUGUAUUACGCUUUAAAGAUAUGUGUUAUUGCAAAAGCGCAACAGGGCUGACUAAAUAUCGAAUUCGAAUAACUGGUUUGCGUGGAAUCCAAGGAAUAAUACGCAAAGCUAUCAAUGAUGAACAAGAAUUGAAUAUUUGGCAAAGUGAAAAGAUUCAGAAAAUUAUAUCCUCGCUCCUUUACAACAUGCAUGAUAGUUCACCAUUGUCGCCAGAACAGAGCUAUUUGGAAGAUGUCGCUUCCCUUGCUUCUACUGCAGAAAAAAUAUUCAGUGGUCUUAUACACCAUGCUACGUUCGGUACAAUUAAGUCAAUACUAAAACCUGUUUUAGUCCACUUCGAUUACCAUCAGCUUUGGGCGCCAAAUGAUUUUGCAGUGAAAGCUUUUAAAAUCAUAAUGAAUUCGAUUCAAAGCAAAUACAGCUAUUUAGUUCUUCAGAUGCUCGUCUAUCACAUGGAUAACUACACAGAAAAUGAACCUGUAAUCAAGACAAAUAUCAUUGAUGUUGUUUUCCAGAAUGUGCUGAUUGCUUCGGAAUCUUGUGUCUUUCCUACGAUGCUGGAAGUCUUUGAUUCUUUACUAAAGCAUUUAAAACACUCCGUUCACUCGGAUCACUCAGACUGGCAAUACAGGGAAUUAGAAGAGACAUUCCAGAAUACUGCCGCUAAUACUAUUUGUCAAAUAGCAAACAGGUUAACGUGCUAUCAGAAAAUCGAUGCUAUGAUGUUCCUAUUGGGAAAAUUUCCAGCAGAUGGCACAGGCCAAAGUUUCGAAAUCCUUCAGAUUAUCAAGUUACAGAAAAUGAUCCUGAUGGUUCUUCAUAAAAUUUCUAAUGAAUUACGUUUUGUUGUCGGAAUGAACGCUUUUUCUCCCGAGUUUCUCGUUCUUCUAUUAAAAAUAUCACAAAACAAAGAUCCCCGUUUUAGAGUGAGAGUUGAGCAGAUUGUACACGGUCUCUUAGACAAACAUCAAAAUACAACCAUUCUUAGUAAGGUUUGCCUGUUGAAAGAUCUGUCUCAGAUAACAUUAGAAAUAACACCAAGACACGACGAAAUAUUCAUGAAAAAAAAUGGGUAUAUUUUUUAUCAGCAUAUUUAUGAAAGUAUCGAACUGGAAAAUAAUGAUAUUGAAAACUUUGAAAUGAUUUAUUGCACAAUGGCCUUGAUUGCUGUCGAGUUUGGCUGUAAAGAUAUUAUAGUUGAUCUCUACAGAUUAGCAUUCGAUAUACAAGACAUGGUAACCUUACACGCCUAUCUGUCAACGAAACGCGCGUUUGCCGUACACAGCCUGAUAGCAGCUUACAUGAGCCUCUUGAGUAAGUUAUUUGUUAUUGCAGGUAUACAGGCUCAUAUAAGUCAAAUAAUUGAACUCAGAGCUCAGGAAGCUAAGGAUUUGCUCCCUGAUUUUGUAUACAAUAACAAAUCUGCGGCAAAGGUUUAUCCGAAAGACUUUGUCAUAGAUGAGAGUUUGUUGUUUUCUCGGAAGGUCAUCUUUGAAAAUUUUCAAUUGGCUAGCAGUAUCAACGUAGAGUUAAACACAUCUGUAAGGAUGAAGAAAUCGUUUUCAGCUGACAGUGCUAGGAGUAUAAUGGAGAUGCCCACCCCUGCUCAUAUUUUUGAUAGUGAAUUUGAACUAUUUCAUCGAAUGACGCAGAGUUUAGAAGAUGAUAAAGAAUUCACAUUUGACGCUAUGAAGGAAGUGCUAACAAGGACAAACUUAAUUACAGAAGAUAAUGAAAACGACAAACGAAUACAGAUAUAUAGAAAAUUUAAGUAUGGAGCAUUCGAAGAAAUUGUGCAAACUUCGAAAGAUAAACAGAAAAAUUUUGAAGCUAAUUUAAAAAAGGCCCUUGCUACCUUCACUGACUCGCCAGAUAUAUCUUUAAAUGUAUUACUAGACAAAAGCCUAGAACCUUCUUAUUUAUAUGAAGACAUUCAGAUUCCCGUAACUAUUUAUUGAGAAAAUUAAAAUGAAUAAACAAUGCUUAUCAUA